CCCCCGCGGUGCCCGGCUCAGCGCAGCCGGUGGCCCCGGGACUGGUGCCGGUCACCGGGACUGGUGCCGGUGGCCCCGGGACUGCGCACCGCACGGGCUCACCAUGAUCGUGUGUCCCCAAAGCGUGGAGCACCCCCGAGGAAGCCGGUGCCAGCGGCUGCCGGGGCAGGUCGUGAAGAUGUCCGGCAGCGAGCCCGAGCGGCCCCAGUUGCUCUUCGUGAAAGUGCUGGCGAGCCGGGGGCGGCUGGAGGCGGUGACCCAGCAGAUGGGCUACCACCCGCAGUACCUCGACAGCUUCCUCAAGAUGCAGCAUUACCUGAUGCACAUGGACGGCCCGCUGCCCUUUGACUGCCGGCACUACAUAGCCAUCAUGGCAGCCGCUCGGCACCAGUGCCAGUACCUGGUGAACCUGCACGUGCUGCAGUUCCUGCGGGCAGGGGGAGAUCCCCAGUGGCUGCGCGGCCUCGACUUCAUCCCCCCCAAACUCCGCAACCUCAAUGAGAUCAACAAGAUCCUGGCACACCGGCCAUGGCUCAUCACCAAGGAGCACAUUGAGAAGCUGCUGAAAAUCAACGAGUGGAGCUGGUCACUGGCGGAGCUGGUGCACGCUGUCGUCCUCCUGGCACACUGCCAUGCGCUCGCCAGCUUUGUCUUUGGCUGCGGCUGCGAACAGGACGAGGGGCUGGCGGGCCGGGGCUCGCUGAAGCCCUUGUCGCCUGGGAACCAGUGCUUCUGCGAAGCCCCUGCUGGCAACGGCUGCAGCCAGGAGCUGCUGCGCAUCAACCGCAAGCGGUCCCUGGACUCCUGCAUGGAGCUGGAUUCCCUCCGUGAACGCGUGCAGCAGAUCCACGUGGAGACCGAGGGCACGGAGGCGACGAGGCUGCUGCAGCAGGACCAAGAGGAAGAUACCGAUGGGGAAGUCACCGGUGCCACCAACCUUGCGUGCUACAUGCAAGACCCUGACUUUGGAUACCAGGACUUUGCCCGGCGUGAAGAGGAUCAGACGCAGGUAUUCAGAGUCCAGGAUUAUUCAUGGGAAGACCAUGGCUUCUCGCUCGUCAACCGGCUCUACUCUGACAUCGGGCAUCUCCUGGAUGAGAAGUUUCGGAUGGUGGAUGGUCUACAAAGCAGUGCCAUGGCCAAGCGGCAGGGCUGUGAACCCUCUGUCUUCAAGCGAGGCAUCUGGAACUACAUCCACUGCAUGUUUGGCAUUAGGUACGAUGACUACGACUACGCCGAAGUGAAUCAGCUCCUGGAGCGAAUGCUCAAAGUUUACAUUAAAACUGUAACCUGCUACCCAGAGAAGACAAACCCAGAGAUGUUUGAUAGGUUCUGGAAGCAGUUCAAGCACAGUGAGAAGGUUCACGUGAACUUGCUCAUCCUGGAAGCCAGAAUGCAGGCAGAGCUGCUGUACGCGUUGCAGGCCAUCACCCAGUACAUGAUCUCCUAGACGGUGGGGAGCUGCACUGCGGCAGGGCCGGGCAGCAUCCUCUCUCCCUGGACUCACGUCGUGUGACCCGUCAUGCUGGAACGGAUGGCGAGGGAUUGCUCAAUUUAGUUUACUUGAUUGCCUUGUUCCUUUUUUUUUUUUUUUUUUUCCCCUUAUGGGGCUCACUGAGUGGCCCCAUUACGUGCAAUUACCAAACUGUGAGGCAAGUCCAUGCUGCUGAGAUGUCGGUGUGAUGCUGGAGACUUGAACACGUUCGAGGACUGCCAAAGAUGCAGGGGGAGAGGGAGGCUGGAGGGGACUGGGGCUGGCGUAGAGGGAUGCUCCCCCGUGAGCAGAAGCUCCUCACCCAGGUGCUGCAGGAGCCCCCGCAGGGAGGGCUGGAGGGAAAGCUGGCUUCCUUCCCUGCGCUGCAGUAGCUGCCCUGCUUGCAAGCCACCCUUUGGCACCUGGCCUUGUUGGGGUGAUGCAUCUCACUUGGGAACAGCGUGGCCAGCUUGUGGGUGCAUCGCAAUGUCCUGAGUUGUGUGGCCAGGCAGGGAGGAGUGCUGGCUCUGAGCGAGGACCUUUUCCCAGCCCAGGACAGGAAGGAUGUACUUGGCUGCCUACGUGUCCUGCCCUUUAGGUCUAUGUGCCAAACCCCUCUGGGAUGGACAAGUGGUGACCCAGGUGAACUCCAAACUGUGAAGCUCUUGCUGGCAGGAUGUCCUGGUGCUCUGCCUUCUCUGACAGCUGGGUGGGAAGGUCUCUGGCAGCGUUGAGAUUUCUGCAGGGGACUUUGGGCAGUCCGCAGGGAGCUUGCCCCAAAGCCCCUCCUCUGCCUCCCAACAGCAGAGAGGCAAGGGGAACAAGGGAGGCUUCCUGAGUUAACAUGGCUUGUGUAUUCUUACCGCCGUGAAAGAGCUGAGGUCCUGUGCCCGGGCACUUGCUGCUUAACAACGUGGUGGAGUAACCCGCAGUCGGCACAGGUGAGCUACAGGAAGCUUCUCAAACCUGGGCUGGGGGCACUCCCUGGGCACUCGCCUUACCCUCUGCCCGGCAGGCUGGAGCACGUACAGCCAUUCCCUUCCCUGUGCCAGGGCUGCUCCCUGCCUGUGCCGCAGCCCCUGGCUGGGGAGGUACGAGGGAUCUGGCACAGCCGCGGGAAAGCAGCCACGAAAGGGGAAUGAGUCCACCUGUGGGAAGUGGGAGCCUGAAGCAAGGGCAGCUGUCGAGUCCGCCCAGCACACGCUGCUUCAGUCGACCUGUUUACUGCGUAAAUGUACAGGAAGAAAACCUUGUGUAUGGAAGCUACAGAGAAAGCCUAUUUUUGCUAUAAAUAUAUUAUGUUUGA